AUGACUCGAUUUCCCAUAAAUCUCUCCGGAGGAGAAGUUGCUACGACCAAAAUUCCGACCGAAUCGACAAGCACAUCCUCUGUCUCCCCAUGUGAGUUGGUCACCGAGUUAACAACUGUUAACAAUCAAGCGGACCCAAUUGAAGCAACCAACUUCAGUUGGUUAAAACAAGCCGUUUUCACAGCGGCAGUUACUUCUACGCUUUGGUUUUUCUUCAUGAUUUACAAAAAAUACGAAAUGCGAAUAAGAAGAUCAAUCACAGACUGCUGCAGAUCGACUCUUUCUCGAGAUAGGAAGGAUCCCAAAGAUAACAGAAGCGAAGAAGAGUUGAAGACAAAAGACAAAAAGCCUGAUGUCAAGAAUGAACGAUCAAAGAACGACGAAGAGAUCCGAGAGCAAGUCACGACAAAAAAGAAGAAAGAUGAGAAUUGGACUCCUGGACCGGACUGGAUGCGAUUGAAUCGUCUCUGGCGAGCAAAGAAGAAGGAAGAGCAAUCCCGAAUAGAAGAAACUGAACCUCGAAUCAUGGAAAACUGCGACUUUUACGCUCAAUACAGAUUCGAUUACGUUUCUGAAGAAGAAGUUGGCGCCCUCUGUGCCUGUCGAGAGUCGAUGGAAGAAAAAGUCGACGUGGACUCCAUUCUCCAGAUCGCAAGCUUGUCCGCUGUCGGAGCUUGCUUUCUUCUGAUGGUAAUUCUCAUUGCUUUGAUCACCAAAAAGAAGCCAGCCACUCCAAAGCGAAACCUGGUCAUCUCACGACCUACACAUCUUCCAGAAGACAUCUAG